AUGCCUUGCCAGAACUUAAACAGCACAUGGAUGCGGGGCAUUCGCAAUCCUCGAUGCAUGAGACUUCAGGAGCAAAAACUUAAGAAGUCACCGAUUUUGUCCACAACACUGCAAUGUUAUUCCUACACGUGCAGUAGUAUUUUCCAGGGCUAUAAUUCGAAAUCGGUACAUCAUCUGAGUCGACAGCUGCGACCAAUAGCCCUGUCGUCUCCCAGCCCUGUUCUGCAAAGCAACAGAGCCUCUUCACGACUCUCUCGGGUUAUGAUGCCGGGCAGUGGUGCUGCAGCAGAGACAUAUGUGGCAUACGGAAUGACACAAAAACUUUUCGAGGCCUGCUCGAGUCAAGCGGAUUACAGUAUCCCCCAGCUGUCUGGGAAGGGGACACAGAUCACUAAAACUGCAGCUGGUGAAGACCUUGGUGUAGGAGCUGGGUGGUGGUAUGAAGAUCUGGGACUCAUUCCGACGUUUUCUACCUGGUCGCAAAUCACAUUCCUGCACAUGUACAUGCUAACCGUUCGAUUACGUGCAUUACCAUCACACGAAAGUUUCCAGACAUAUUCGAGACACUUGAUCGACCAUUUCUCACAUAAUGCUGAGCAUAGGAUGGAUGCCCUGCAUGGCUUGACCAGUCGUGCUAUUCGAAACAAAUUUCUGAAGGAUCUGUUUAUCCAGUGGCGAGGCGUUCUUGCAGCUUAUGAUGAGGGCAUCGUCAAAGGAGACGCUGUCUUGGGGGCAGCAGUUUGGAGAAAUUUAUGGAAAGCGAGCCACACAGAACCAGACGGGACUGAGUUAGACUGGACGAAGGUUGCCCGGGUUGUCGUGUAUAUGAGGCGAGUGAUCUCGGAGUUAUCGCAAGUAAAUGAGGCAGAUUUGAUACUCCGGUUGAGUAACCGAAACAGUGAGCAGCUCGGCAUUUUCGGGUAUUCAGUUUUGGAUAGAAAUAUGGUUCAUGUGAAACGGUAA